AUGGCUUCCUCGAAUAGACACUGGCCAAGCAUGUUCAAGUCCAAACCUCAUCCGCAUCAAUGGCAACAUGACAUUAACUCUCCUCUCUUGCCUUCGCCUGCUUCCCACCGAUCUUCUCCCUUCUCUUCAGGGUGUGAAGUGGAGAGGAGUCCAGAGCCAAAACCGAGAUGGAAUCCGAAGCCAGAGCAGAUUCGGAUACUUGAAGCGAUCUUCAACUCAGGGAUGGUGAAUCCACCGAGAGAGGAGAUUCGUAGGAUUAGGGCUCAGCUUCAAGAAUACGGCCAAGUCGGUGACGCGAACGUCUUCUAUUGGUUCCAAAACCGCAAGUCCCGUAGCAAACACAAACUCCGCCUCCUCCACAACCACCCCAAACACUCCCUCCCUCAACCACAAACACAACCGCAGCAGCAACCACUUUCCUCAGGCGCCAAUUCAGCUUCCUCUUCCUCCUCCUCCUCUUCAUCCUCCUCCAAGUCCAUCAAACCCCGCAAAAACAAGAGCAAGAACAAUAACAACACUAAUCUCUCUUUAGGUGGUAGUCAAAUGAUGGGGAUGUUUCCACCGGAAGCGGCGUUUCUUUUCCCUGUUUCCACCGUCGGAGGGUUUGAAGGCAUCAAUGUUUCAUCUCCUUUAGGGUUUCUCUCCGGUGAUAUGAUCGACCAUCAGAAACCGGCUCCAACGGUGGGGCCAUGUACCGGACUCUUGCUAAGUGAGAUCAUGAAUGGUAGUGUCAAUUACGGAUCUCAUCAUGAUCAUCAACACUUGAGUGAGAAAGAAGAUGAAGAAAUGAGGAUGAAGAUGCUGCAGCAGCCACAGCCUCAGAUUUGCUACGCUACUACUAGUCAUCCAAUCACUUCUUUCAACAACAACAACAGCAUCAUGCUUCAUGUUCCUCCAACUCCUUCUCCUACUACUAGUACUACUAUUACAACUUCAAAUUCUCUCGCUACUGUCCCAUCAGUUUCGGACCAGAUUCAAGUUCAAGGCGGGAGAAUAAGGGUGUUUAUCAACGAAAUGGAGCUUGAAGUGAGCACCGGACCGUUCAAUGUGAGAGAUGCAUUCGGAGAAGAGGUUGUGCUCAUUAAUUCCGCUGGUCAGCCCAUUGUCACUGAUGAAUAUGGCUUAGCUCUUCACCCUCUUCAACAUGGAGCCUCUUAUUAUCUGGUUUUGUUUCCUCUCUUUAAGUUCCCUUUUUUUAAUGAUAAUUAA